UUCGUCAUCUUCAUUCAGGGUCUCCUAAGCCAGUCGGUGAUUUCUUCAACAGAGAAGCUCCCCUCCAGAGGCUCUAAAUAUUUGAGGCUCACACCUGUUCCCUUAGUGGAUGAGAUGACCUCAUCGGCUCUGGUCAAUAUAAAUCCCUUUACCCCAGAAUCCUAUAGAAAACAAUUCCUUCAAUCCAAUGGCAAGAGGAAAAGCCGAGGAGAUCUUGAGGAAGCUGGUCCAGGGGAAGGCAAUGUAGAACAAGGGCUACCUGCCAAGAGGUGUGUUCUACGAGAAACCAACAUGGCUUCCCGCUAUGAAAAAGAAUUCUUGGAGGUAGAAAAAAUUGGAGUUGGGGAAUUUGGUACAGUCUACAAGUGUAUUAAGAGGCUGGAUGGAUGCGUUUAUGCAAUAAAACGUUCCACAAAACCUUUUGCAGGAUUAUCAAAUGAGAAUUUGGCUUUGCAUGAAGUUUAUGCUCAUGCAGUCCUUGGGCAUCACCCGCAUGUGGUACGUUACUACUCUGCAUGGGCAGAAGAUGACCACAUGAUUAUUCAGAAUGAAUACUGCAAUGGUGGGAGCUUGCAGACUGCUAUAUCUGAAAACACAAAGUCUGGCAAUCAUUUCCAGGAGCCGAAACUCAAGGACAUCCUUCUGCAGAUUUCCCUUGGGCUUAAGUACAUCCACAACUCUGGCGUGGUGCACCUGGACAUCAAACCCAGUAACAUCUUCAUUUGUCAUAAGAUGCAAAGUGACUCUCCUGUAGUCCCAGAAGAGAUUGAAAAUGAAGCUGAUUGGUUUCUCUCUGCCAAUGUGAUGUAUAAAAUUGGUGACUUGGGUCAUGUGACAUCGAUAGGCAAACCAAAAGUGGAGGAGGGAGAUAGUCGCUUCCUGGCUAAUGAGAUUUUACAAGAGGAUUAUCAGCAUCUUCCCAAAGCAGACAUCUUUGCCUUGGGAUUAACAAUCACAGUGGCCGCGGGAGCAGCGACCUUACCCACCAAUGGCGCCGCAUGGCAUCAUAUUCGUGACGGGAACCUUCCCGACAUUCCUCAGAAGCUCUCGGAAGAAUUUUACAAUCUACUCAAGAGCAUGAUCCACCCUGACCCAAGGGAGAGACCUUCUGCAGCAGCUCUGGCCAGAAGUAGAGUUCUUCGGCCCUCCCUUGGAAAAGCAGAAGAGCUCCAGCAGCAGCUUAACUUGGAAAAGUUCAAGACAGCCACACUGGAAAGGGAACUGAGAGAAGCUCAGCAGGCCUGGUCUUCCCAGGAAGAGCACGGUGAUGCUGGGGUCUCUGGGACUCCCACAGGAUCAAGAAGCACCAAACACCUGGUGGGAGGAAAAAGUGCAAAAUCUUCAUGCUUCGGCUGGGGGAGGUCUUCCCCAUAAGAACUCAGUUCACACCAACCCCCUUUUUGCCUUAUAGCUUCCAGAAAGAGAUAUUGACUGUGUCAGCCUUCCUCUUGUAAAGGGGAAGAUUAAGCAAGGAGUGCCCAAAGAAUUCAAAAACUACUCCUAAUUUAGCAUUGAAAAUCAAGAUAGUCAAGCUAUUAAGGCUGCGUAUUAGCAAUGGUCCCAGGUACAAUUACUGGCAGCCAUUUCUCUUCUCUUGUUAAAUUCUUAAGUCUACCUAUCAACAGUUUGUUUACUUCUCACACUCACUGAUGUACUAUGGGAAAGCAGGUAUCUCUGAACUCAAAGAAGAGAAAGCAGCACCCUAGGCAUAGCCUAUGGACUACGAGGCUGCUGUAGCUGAUUGCCUACCAAGGAAUAGGGACUCUCCCUGCAAAUAGAGAGGAAUAUAGUUUUGUUUUGAGUUGAGUAACUGUGCAUGUAUUUCAAUAAUGUUUCUCAGGGUGAAUGAUGGUAUUCCUAAAAGAAUUCUCAGCCACUCUAAUCAAGUGGUUUUCCUACUAUAUUCUUUAAGUGAAGACAAUCCCUUUACCAGAUAUUAAAUGAGUUCACCAUUAUGUCAAGUGGGUAGCAAUAGCCUAUAUAUCACUUAUAAUUUCUGAACUGGCUAUUAACUUAUGGAACAAAACACUGGGUAAUGGAGUUCAAGGAAAAUUUAAUGUGGUUGUUCUUCAGAAUAUGUGCCCUGACCCUCCUGUAAUUGUUAUGACUGGUUUUGAUUUUGUGGGUGUCACCAAUUUCUCCUUGAUUUUUUUUUUAAUCAGAAUUUGGGUUUGUUUUCUGUGGUUUUAUGAUAUUUUAAUCCAAAUUAUUUUCUCUGUAUAUAUUUUAAGGGAAUAGAACAUUUGUAAAUAAAGGUUUUUAUCUUGUCCAAAGCCAAAUAGGGGUAAAGUACUCUUCUUUGUAAUAUGUAACAAAGAGUGAGAAAUUUCUGUUAGAAACCAUUUCAUGAGUAGAUACAUGAGAAAAUUCAGUAGGUUGGUAGUACCAGGUCUUGGCUGUAAGGCUCAGCUUUGUGGGCCUAAAAGCUAAUAAUGGUCAGGCUCUAAUACAGAAAAUAAUAUUGGUCAUAACAGCAUUUGAUAACUUAGAUGUGCCAUGUUAAUGAAGGUAGCCUGUUAAUGCUGUAGGCUUAUUUGCUGCCUUAUAAUUUUCUUUACCCUCCAUUUAAAAAAGCAAAUUAAGAAGUGUUUUUAAAUUGAAUAAACCAUCAUACCAUUC